GGUUGUCACCCCAGCCAGCCAGAGCCAGCCAACCUCGGCUCGAUCUGCUCCAGCACAAUCUGCUCCAGCUCUGCUCCGCGGCUAUCAUGCAUGAACAAUCGAUCCGCACCGUCGUCGUCACCGGCGCCUCCGGCCUUCUUGGCCGCGCUGUUAUGGCGGCUCUCCAGGAACAGCAGCAGCGCCUUGGAAUCCGAGUGAUUGGAACGGCCUUCUCCCGCUCCACCGGCGAUCUUGUGAAGCUCGAUCUCACCGAUGUUGCAGAAACUGAGCGCUUUCUCUUCGAGCUCAAGCCAUCAGCCAUCAUCCAUUGUGCAGCCGAGCGCCGACCUGAUGUCGCCGAGCGAGAUAGAGACGGCGUCCUCCGCUUGAACGUCGAGACCUCAGGAGCCCUGGCCCGCAUUGCCAAAGACAUCAACGCCUGGCUAUUGUACAUAUCCACCGAUUAUGUCUUUGAUGGCACACAGCCUCCAUAUGAAGUAACGGCGACGCCCAACCCUCUCAACUUUUACGGGCUCUCCAAGCAGCAAGGCGAGGUCGCUGUCGCUGCCGCCAACUCGGAUGCUGCCAUUCUUCGUGUGCCGGUCCUCUACGGACACACCCACUACUUUGCCGAGUCUGCCGUCAACAUCCUCUUGGAUCUUGUCAUCUCGUCCAAGCCUGCGAAGAUGGACCAUGUCCAAGCCCGCUUCCCCACCAAUGUGGCCGAUGUGGCCAAUGUCAUUCUGCAGAUGCUGGAGCGAGUGCAGGACAAGGACCGAGCUCCGCGAGGCAUAUACCACUUCAGCGCCUCUGAACAAAUGUCCAAAUACGACAUGUGCGUCCGUCUGGGGACCAUUCACGGCACGGACGUCGGCCACAUCACCCCGGUGACUGUCCUUCCGCCUGGUGAGGCUGUGGCAACCCGUCCGCUCAACGCACAGCUGUCCAACUCCAAGCUGAUCCAGGAGGGUUUCGACAUCAGCCAUGUCAAGUACGAUGACUGGUGGAAGACUCACUUGAACCACGAGCUCGCGGUCAACCAAAGACAAUAGAGUGGUCCAAUAUGCGGUAUUAUGGAGCUAUGUGGUCGAUAUGAACCGAAUGAGUCCACGAGCAGCAAACGAGAACUGUUUGUCCAGAACGAAACGGGACACCCUGUUCUGGUCCUGAAUACACUCCAUUCAUCAUCAUCCACCCACUGGGAAGCUACGAAAGUUCCGCAGGCUUCACGCCUCCGAUGCCAGAGAAAUGGGACACUGUCCUGUUUCUCCCCGGACA